UGCUUUCCACAGAAGCUUUGGAAAAUGCUGGAAAGCGACGAGUUCAGGUCCAUUUGGUGGAGCGAGAGUGGAAAAUGCAUAGCAGUCAAUGAGGAACUCUUCCAAGAGGAGGUGCUGGGCAGGACAGGGCCUCUGCGGGUUUUUGCCAUGCAGAAGAUGAAGAGUUUUGUUCGGCAGCUGAAUCUCUAUGGAUUCACCAAAAUUAAACGGGACUUUGAAAGAUCUGCCUCCCUGCCUGAAUUCCUGGCAGAAGAAGCAGCAGCUGCUGCUCACAGCAAG